CGUGUGUCGUGACGGGGCCGGGGGUGAUAAAAAAUUGGUGAAGGGCAAAGCCUGAGCUAGUGUAGCUCUGGUGUGUAGAGUACAAUAACGAGAUCGGUGGGACCUGGGACGUGAUACGUGCUGGUGUACGGAGAAGAGAAAGAAGAAAAAGUAUAUACAUAUAUGUCAUGUGUAUACUGUAUGUGCAUGUGAUGUACAGUGUGUUAAGUAGUGUGGUGUAGUGUUAGCUAACGGGUGUACUGUGUAUAGUAGUAAAGUCGAGCAGACGACAGAACAGAGGAAUCGUCAGUUGAGUCGGAGCAGAACGAGCGUGGAGAGAGAGAGCAAGGUGGUGAGGGUGACGACUUGGUGCCGUGGAUGGUCGGCGGGUCGGACGGCCGUGGUGGAGUGUAGCUACGAAAAAUUUUAAAAAGUCAGUGGGUUUGGUUUUGUCGUUUAAAUCCUAUCCCGUUAAUCCAAGAAACAAGAAAAGGAGCCAGAGUACACACUUAUAUAUAUGUAAAAUAUAGAUACAUAUAUUUAUUGGUAUAUAUGUAUUAUAUAUAUACGUAUAUACAAGAUUGACAGAAGUGAGAGAGCGUGAUAGAAACGACGAAGAGGGAGAGAAUAAAGAGGGAGCGAACUGGGUGUCGAAGUUGGUGAGCGCGGAGGACAAGUGCCGGGAGCUCUUUCGGAGCUCCUCUUGUGUUGUGACGUUGGUAACGUAGGUGAAGAAAGGCUCAAGAAGAAGACAAGAACCUGCUGCUGGUGAUCGUUGCUACAAACCUGGAACAAUCAUGUCUGACAGGGAGAGCUUGGACGACCAACCGCAAAAGUAUGGAAAUUCCGGAGGCAUGGAUGCUGGAGGAGCUGACUUUGAUGCUGGUCAGCAUGGUCAGCAGAGUGAACAAGAACUGGCGACCAAGAUGCUUCAAAUACAAAGCAAGCGAUUCUACCUCGAUGUCAAACAAAAUAGACGCGGGAGAUUUAUCAAAGUUGCAGAGAUCGGAGCAGAUGGCAGGCGUAGUCAAAUAUUUCUAGCCUUAAGUACAGCCUCAGAAUUCCGUGAUCAUCUUUCGACGUUCAGUGAUUUUUACGCGUCGCUAGGUCCACCGAACCCAGAGAAUGUACCAGAGGAUGGAAAACUUAAAUCAGAAAUGAUGGUAAAAGACAAUAGGCGGUAUUAUUUGGAUCUUAAGGAAAAUUCCCGUGGCCGUUUCCUGCGGGUGAGUCACACUGUAUCGCAAACGAUAACACGAGGCGGUCCAAGAACACAGAUAGCUAUACCCGCACAGGGAAUGAUUGAAUUUCGUGAUGCACUAACGGAUCUUUUAGAAGAGUUCGGUGUCGACGAUGGUGGAUUCAAAGGCGAUUUACCUGAGGGUCGUUAUAUGCGCGUUGACAACAAAAACUUUUAUUUCGAUAUCGGACAAAACAAUCGUGGUAUUUACAUGAGAAUUUCCGAGGUCAAGACAAACUUCAGAACGGCCAUAACCGUGCCGGAAAAAUCUUGGUCACGGUUUCGUGAUAUAUUUGCGGAUUACUGUGAGAAGAUGAAAGAAGGCGGUGGAGGUGUCAGCUCCAGUGGAAUUGGAUCAACUAGUUUAUCCGAUAGCAAGGGCGCUGUAGGAUCAGGAGCCCAAGUAUCACCAACCUCUACCACUUCGCCUAAUCCAAAUCCAAAUUUAGACUCAAACCUCAUCAAGUGAACAAGGUUUUAAAAAAUUGAAACUCGAACAACAAUAAAAACAACAACAACAACAACUUUAACUCGUUUUAACGUCGCUGAGCGUAUUUAAAUACAACUUGUCAGAGCAUAUAUAUAUUUUCAUCAUCAUCAUUAUCAUCAUCGCGCCGGCGCUAUCGUCACCGUCAUUAAAAGCCAUCGUCAUUGCCAUCGCUAUCGUUCCCGUCGAACCAUCAUCGUCAUCUCACAACACGACACUUAAUAUAUAUACAUCUAUAUGACACGUACGCAGUCGUACGUACCAUUAAAUUUAUAUCAAGUUAAAUUUAUUAUGUUUAUUUUUCAGUUAUGAUCGUUAAUUUUUUUUUCGUUAUUAAAACUAAUUAUGUUUAUGUACAAGUUUGCCUCAAGGCCCAAACAAUUCUUAUUUUGUUUACUGUUCUUUUUUUUUUUAUUUUACAAGUCUUGUUUGUUUACAAUGGAUUUUUUUUUCUACAUGUACGUAAAAAAUGUUGAUUAUUAUUUAAAAUUUAUAUUGCAGAGGUAAAGCAAACAAAUGAUUUAAUAUUUUCAUGUAAGUCGGCUUUGCCUCGACUAAUUAAUUCUAGCAAAAAAAAAAAAAAAAAAAAAUAUUUUGUUAUGUUAUAAUUGAAUUUGAUUGUUCAGAAUUUAUGGAUACAUUAUUAUGUAAGUAAGCAAAAGACAAAAUUAAUAUUCGCGUCUCGUUUUUUUCUUUUCAUUAUUAUUAUUAUUAUUAUUAUUAUUAAUUUUUUUUUUUUUCUUAAUAACGGCAACUUUGAAAACAAAGAAAAGGAGGACACACGACGGUUGCUCUAUUAAACGGGCAUCUUUCUACCUCGAGAAAUUACAUUCACUAGGGACUAUUGUCUUCAGGGUAACGAUGACAGGUCACCUGGCCUUCGUAUUCCGUGAAAUAAAAUUUUACUUUUCGUUUUAUUUUAUAAAAACUUUUCUUUAAUUAUUGAUAUUUAUUUCGGUGACUGUCGUUCUUCCGCAAUUAAAAAUAUUAAAAUUAAAAUUAAAAUUAAUAAUAAUAAUAAUAAUAGAAAAUUAUCCUUGCGAACCGCGACAUCACUCGUUGAGUAAAUAAAUAUUUAAAUAAUAAUAAAUUGAUAAAUAAAUAUAUACAUAAUUAUAUGUAAUUAAAUGAAAUAAAAUUAUCCUAGGUCAAAGUGUUAGACGCAUUUAAAUCUGUGUAAUUUAUAUCAUGUUAAAUUAUAAUGAGUUUGAUUUAAUUAAACAAAAUUAUUAUAAAUUGUAGAAAAAAUUCUUUUUUGUACUUGUACUGGAUACAGAAAAGUAAAUUAAUUAAAAUAUUUUGAGAAAUUUAAAAUGUAUCUGGUAUAUGAGAUUUAAAUUACGCGGUUCGCGUAUCUAAUAAUUAAUUGAGCGACGGCCGAUUUAAAAAAAAAUAUCAUUGCAUCCUAGGCAUGUAAUAUACAAAAUGCAUAAUAGAUAUUUAUAUAGAAAUUAUAAAUAUAUAUAAUAUAUAUAUAUAUAUCUGUAUAAUUGUAAUAAAAUGCCAGUGUCCAUGGGACUCAACCGUCUGCACAAAUAAUUAAAUAUAAAAAAUUAUUGAGUGUUUGAAAGAAUAAAUAUUUAAAUUUAAUUACAAAAAAAAAUAAUAAAAUGUGCAGUCAAUUGGGUCCUUAUUUGUUGGCGUAGAAAGCGACGUAGGGAAAUAAUGAUAAUGGCAAGAAGAUACAUUAAAACACGAGUUAUAAUACAUAAUAAAUUAUAUAUUUAGAUUGUCAAGUAUAUAUAUUUAUAUAUAUAUAUAUAAAUAUGUGUUACACAUUUAACACGAGUUCGAGUUUAUUUCCCAAGCCCGUGAAUCUUGAUACGCUUUCAUUCUGCAACGCUGUGCUAAUAUCAAUUUCAAUAAUAAAAUUGAAAAAAAAAAAUAAUAAUUAUAAUAAAUAUGUAUUUGCGUUUAUCUUCUAUUUAAAAUGGAAUAACGCGUUACUGUAUUUCGCGCUGGUGCGGAAUAUAAUCAUUAUAUUGAAUAGCUAGAGGUGAUUGUAAUGCAUAAUUAAAAAAAGUAAAGAAAAAAAAAGUGCUAUUUAAUUAAUGAGACGGACCUAGAGUCAUGCGUCUCAACACCUCGACACGUUAAAUAAAAUCAAGAUAAAAAAUAAAAAAAAAUGAAUUAUUAAUGAGUGUCAGUGUAGCAGACAUGAGACAAUUUAUCAAUUUGAAAUAAAUUAAUUAAAAUAAUGAAAUUUAAAAAAAUGCGCGUACGAAUUUUUCAUUUGUCUAAAUGCGGAUUUCAAAAUUUGAACUCAAAUCACAUUUUAAUUAAUUGUUAUAAAAUUUAUAAAUGAUGAAGUUAGCCGACGUCUAAUGUUUGGACUUUUUUUUAGACAGUAAAUUUAAAAAAAAAAUAUUUUAAAAAAUUGCACUUAUAGUCUUCGAAAUUUUCUACAUGUGCAUAUUUUUUUUUUUUUUUUUGUAAUUGACUUGAAAAAAAAAUUACAAAAAUUGUUAAUUGUCUUCUUACCUCACGAUCAUGAUACUGAAGUCUGCCGACGUCUAAUAAUUUUUGAACUUUUUUUAGACGGUAAAUUACAAAAAAAAAAAAAUAUUUGAAAAAUUGCACAUAUAGUUUUUUAAAUUUUCUACAUGUGCAUAUUUUUAAUUUUUUUUUUUCUUCAAAUUUAAUUGUUAAAAAAAAAACCAAAAAAUGUUUAAUUGUCUGCUGACUUCAGGAUCGUAAUUAACAAAGUUGCCAUUUGUCGGCUACAUUAACACUCGUUAAUUAUAAUUAUAAUUAAAAAAAAAAAAAAACAGACGAUAAAAAAAAAUGAAAUUAUUUAUAUUUAAGUGAUGUUCAAUUAUAUACCUAUUCCAAUUAGAUAUUCAAUUUUAAAAAUUAUUUUUUUUCUAAAUCAACAAUUUCGGCUGGUCUGAAUUUAUCUAGUAUAUAUAGUUAUUCAAUAAUUAUUAAAUCUCAGUAGAAAAAAAAUAAAAUAAAAGUUUAAUUACGCGUGUAUAGGCUUUACGAGAACAAAAAUAAUGAUAAAUAUAUAUAUAAAAAAAAAUAAAAAGUGGAAUUUAAAAUUAUUCCUUCCGGGCUCUGAACAAACAAACAAAAUAAUUAAAUAAAUGUCCUAUAUAUUAACGAAUAUUAAUUAUAAAUUAAUAAAUGAGCCUGUUUAUUUGUUUUUAAGAAUAAUCCAGCUCAUAAUCUCUUAUCUAUUAAAAUUUCCAGCUAUUAUAUAUAUAUAUAAAUAUAAAAUAAAUAAUAACCCGGGUUUUAUUUUACAUUCCCGGCUCUACAUUUUAAAUAAAUAAAUAAAUA